AAUAUUAAUGUUAAUUAGCGUGGCCGGCCAACAUCAACAACAACAUAAGUUGUUUCAUUUCUUCCUCGUCUUGACACGUGGAUCUCUCCCACUUUAACAAGACGGCGGCCGUCCAUUCUACACAACCAAAAAACUUUCCACAUCACAAUCAUAUCAUAUACUAUAGUAUAACCUCUUUCCCUCACCAUUAAGCCAACCACAACACUCCAAUUUAAACCAAACUUUUAAAACUUCACACUAUAUAUACAUAAAUCUGAAUCUCAUAAUUAACUAAGGUUUAUAUCUCCCACUCCCAAGUUAUAAAGUCUAAUAUCAAAACAAAACAUUUCUUACCAUAAUGGCCUGGACUAGAGGUAGAAUCAUCGGCCGGGGCUCAACCGCCACCGUCUACCUCGCGGAACAUCGCGAUUCAGAUGAAGUGUUUGCGGUGAAAUCUACGGAGUUUCACCGCUCGGAGUUUCUGAAGAGAGAACAAGAGAUUCUCUCGAAGGUUGAUUGUCCACAAAUUGUGGACUACAGAGGUUGUGAUGUCACGUUUGAGAAUGGUGUUCAUUUGUUAAAUUUGUUCAUGGAGUAUGCAUCUAAGGGAACACUAGCUGAUGCGGUUCGGAAUGGGAAUGGAAAUGGAAAUGGAAUGGAAGAAGGUUUGGUGGGAUUCUACGCGCGCCAAAUUCUACUUGGACUUGAUUACCUUCAUUCGAAUGGUAUAGUGCAUUGUGAUUUGAAGGGACAGAAUGUGUUGAUGACGGAACAAGGUGUGAAGAUUGCUGAUUUCGGUUGUGCUCGGAGGGUGGAGGAGGAGUUGGUGAUUUCUGGUUCGCCGGCUUUCAUGGCGCCGGAGGUUGCGCGUGGGGAGGAGCAGGGGUUUGCUGCUGAUGUGUGGGCUUUGGGAUGUACUGUGUUGGAGAUGAUCACUGGGAAAAUGCCGUGGCAGGGGGUUUCUGAUCCGGCCGCGGUUUUGUAUCGGGUUGGAUUCUCCGGGGAUGUGCCGGAGAUUCCUAAUUUUGUGUCGGAGCAGGGGAGGGAUUUUUUGAGGAAGUGUUUGAAGAGAGAUCCAAAUGAGAGGUGGUCGGUGGUUGAGCUUCUCGGACAUGAGUUUGUUGGGAAGUUUAAGGAAUCUAUGUCUGAUUUGGAAACUCCGACGACUGUGUUGGAAGGAGGUUUUUGGGAUUGGGAUUCUUUGGAAACAACUCAGGAGGUGGGUUCCACAUCUGAUUGUUGUUCCUUGGAUUCUUCGAGUCAUUCUUCGAGUAAUUCUUCGAGUCCGCGAGACAGAAUUCUAGGAUUGUGUUCCAAUGAGACAGUUUGGGAAUUUGAUGAUGAUGAUGAUGAUGAUGAUGAUGAUUGGAUCACUGUGAGAAGCAAUGGAGAGGAUUUGGAUGCAAUGUCAUUUGGAAAAAUGGAAGAGAAUGAAUCAGACAUUGUUCUUGAAUUUGGUGAUCAUGAGAUUGAUUUGAGUUUGGUAGAUUUUUAUGAACCAAAAAUUGUAGUUGAAUUGAGUACAUGGAAUGUCAAUUUUGAUUAUUGGUGUUUUAGAAGCUGCAAUUGUGGCUGUUUUGUUAGUGAUUUUUUAUCAGUUUGUCAAUCUAGAAAGAUUGUUCUCUAUGUAAUAAUUGAUUCUCAGAAGAAAAACAAAGAAAUUUUUAUCAUCCCCUGCUUUCUACUUUUUGCUUUCUCUUUAACUUCUCAUUGGAUAGACAGAUUGAACAUUUUACAAUAUAAUAAGAAAAAUUAUGUGUCUGGUUAGAUCAAAUAAGUUAAG